GCAGAUCACGUAUUUAUUAGAAUUAUUUAUAACUCCUUUCACUCCCACUAUUUGUUUCCACUCUUCAGCUAUUCCCAGUCCAAAUAGAGCUGAAAAAAUAUUCUCUCUCCGCCACAAAUACAAUGCAGCUCCGCCUCUCCGCCGCCGCCGCAGCAGCGGUGGUGGUGAUAUCAUCUCUCUCUCUUUUCCUCCUCCCGUCCACCGUCGACGCACACAACAUUACCCGCAUCCUCGCAAAGUACCCGGAACUCUCCACCUUCAACCACUACCUGACAGUGACGCAGCUCGCGCCGGAGAUCAACCGCCGCGAGACGAUAACCGUCUGCGCCGUCGACAACGGCGGGAUGGGGGAUCUGCUCUCGAAGCGCCUCACGAUCGGCGCCAUAAGAAACGUGCUCGAGCUCCACGUGCUCCUCGAUUACUUCGACGCGAAGAAGCUCCACCAGAUCACCGACGGCACCGCCCUCGCCGCCACCAUGUUCCAGGCCACCGGCUCCGCCCCCGGAUCUUCCGGCUUCGUCAACAUCACCGAAUUAAAAGGCGGAAAAGUCGGAUUCUCCCCCGAGGAAAACGGAGGCGUGAUUUCCGCGUAUUUCGUGAAAUCAAUCGAAGCCAUACCCUACAACAUCUCCGUAAUUCAGAUCUCGACAAUUUUGCCUUCUCCCGAAGCCGAGGCGCCGGCUCCCGAGCCGAGCCAGAUGAAUCUCACGGCUCUGAUGUCGGCUCGCGGCUGCAAGGUGUUCGCCGAGGCGCUGCUGGCUAAUCCGGCGGAGCAGACUUACGAGAGCAACCUCGAGAGCGGAUUGACCGUAUUCUGCCCCGGCGACGACGCGAUGAAGAGCUUCAUCCCCAAAUUCAAAAACCUAACCGCCGCCGGCAAACAGUCGCUGCUCGAAUACCACGCCACGCCGAUUUAUCAGACGCUCGCCGGCCUGAGAUCCAACAACGGACUGACGAACACCCUGGCCACCGACGGCGACAAAAAGUACGACUUCACCGUGCAGAACGACGGCACCGGCGUCACGAUCAAGACGAAAAUCGUGACGGCGAAGAUCGUCAAGACGUUGGUGGACGUCAAUCCGCUGGCGAUAUACCAGCUGGAUAAGGUUUUGAUGCCGCCGGAGCUCUUCAAGGCGGCGGCGUCUCCGACUCCAGCCCCCGCUCCGGCUCCCGAAGCCAAUGCCAAACCGCCGAAGAAGCACAAGUCGCCGCCGGCGCCGGAUGCUCCGUCGGACUCUCCGGCAGAUGCUCCCGACGGAGAUGUGGCGGAUCAGACCGCCAACGGCGCCGGAGCAGCAGCUAGAUUCACUGGUGCUGUGAUUUUGAGUCUGGGGUUUGUGUUUUUACAGCUGUAAGUUUAUUUUGCUUGUUUGUAUUUUUAUUUAUUUUUGCUUGGCCUUUAUUUUUAUUUUUAUUUUUAUUUUAUUUUAUUUAUAUUCAUUAACUAAUUAAAGGCGGGACAGCGGUAGUUAUUAAAUUAAUUUCUGUUUCCAUAGAUGUUUUAAGACCCUUCUUUUAAUUUAUUUAAUUACAAUAGUGUAUGUUGCUGAUUUUUAUUUAACUGAAAAGCAGGCAUGUUUUCAUGUAGUUUGUUUUGACACUUUCAGAUUAAUAAUUGUAUUUUUGUUAUUUGUUUUAA